AUGUUUUACGCCCAGUUCGUUUUAUCAAAAAAAGGUCCGCUAGCCAAAAUUUGGCUUGCUGCACACUGGGAGAAAAAAUUAUCAAAAGCGCAGAUUUAUGAAACAAAUGUGCAGGAUGCUGUGGAUGAAAUCUUGAAACCUAAGGUUAAAAUGGCCCUACGUACCACCGGUCAUUUGUUGUUAGGUAUUGUAAGAAUAUAUUCGCGUAAAGCAAAAUAUCUUUUGGCCGAUUGUAAUGAAGCGUUUCUCAAAAUUAAAAUGGCAUUUCGUCCUGGUCAAGUGGAGCUAGAUGAAGAUGGACAGCAGACCGCAAGUGCUGCUAUAAAUCUUCCGGAGGUAUUUCAUGAUUUUGACGCUGCAUUACCGGAUUUUAACGAGUUAGACAUGCAUGCACAAAUUCACAUCAACCAAAGCCGAAUUGAUGAUAUUACUUUGAAAGAAGAUCUUAUACCAGAAACAGCGGACAUGCCUUUUGGAGCUGAGUUUGGGGGUGAUGAUUUUGGAGAAAGUUCACUAGGUUUAUUCAGUGAUGUUAACAUUGAAGAAGCUCGUGAUCGUGUAUCUUAUGCACCGGAGGCAGGAAUCAGUAGAUCUGCAGCAACACUUCUGGAGGAAUCUGAACCAGGUAGCGAAAAGGGUGAUGCUAUUAGCGGGAAACCGAUGGAUGUUGACAUUGAUCAUCUUGGAAUGCCAAUGCCAGAUGAUGAUUUCGGUGAUUUUCCUGCAGACAACAUGUUGGAUGAAGUAAUCUUUAAUGAGAGCGAAUUGGCAAAAAGUUUGGAUGCAAUGGAAGCUCCUGGAGCUGAACACGAUAUUCCGAUGGAAACGGAAGAUGUCGCAGCAACAGCAAUAGCAGGGCUUGUAAUUCCUACAACUGCUGGAUUAGCCAAUGAAAGUUUCACUCUUGAACCAUUGGAUGCAGCUGCUGUUGCUGUAGCUGGGAUCGAAAAACCAGGAAGACCGAAGCGUAAACGUCGAUUGAUAGUUGACGAACAGAAGAAUAUUUCAGGAGAUGAAAUGAAAGGAAAUAUGGCUGAAUACAGAGAUACACUACAGCCUUUGGAUCUUGCACCACCCACAAGAAAAUUGAUGAGACUCAAAGAAACUGGAACUGCUGAUAAACUGUUUGCUAUUCCUGGUUGUGCACAUCUGCGGGCUCAAAAUCUUCUAAAGCUGUAUCGUUCUCAUCUCGUUUACCAUGUGUAUAGUGCAAGCGCACUCACAGGAGACCAAAUACGGAAAGAUUUGGACAUGGCAGAACAUGUUGACGAUAAUAUCGAGCCCGAGGGCAGUAUUGUUUCGGGACUUCUGGAAGACCGCAUGGAUGAUUUUGAUGAUGUGGGCAUAACAGCAAUGUCACCAGAUGAAAAUAUAGGACAGUUAGAGACAAUUCCAGAGGUGCCGAUCGCACCAGAAGAGCAGCUAAUAUCCAUUAGUAAAGAUGCAUUCACAAGUCCUGAAAAAAAAAAAGAGCGAAAAAGCCGAGUCGAACGUACAGUAGAUGAAGAUGAAACAGGAGUUGAUGCUGAAGACGAGCAUAGGUGGACGAAAAGAACUCAAAAUGUUCUAAAUUCCAUUUCAACUAAAAUCAAGGCUUCUUCUGAUGGAAAGAUAUUAUUCACUGAUCUUCUCACGAAAGGAUCAACGCGAAAAACCGCUGCUCAAAAGUUUUCCAUGUUGCUUGUUUUAAAAAAAUGGCAGGCGAUUGAUGUGCAGCAAGCAGAACCAUAUGGCGAGAUUAUAAUUUCAGCUGGACCAAAUAUCACAUCUGCAGUAACUUCCUAA